CACCCCUGAACGAGCGGCCUGGGACCUGACGUGUCGACUGUCAUAUCCCGCCCAUCGUCGAUCACCAUCGUAGCUUCCCCAAGCUGCAUGGGAACGAUGGCGCCUAUGUCUAGACAUUCUAUUCCCGGGCGUCCUUCACGAUCAUCUCAACCCAAGUCAUCUCUGAAAUCAUCGCGCAGUGCCGUAGACUCCCCAGAAGGCCCUCCUCACAAGAAGCGCAGAUACGUGCCUGGAGGUCCUGGAGGUGGCGGAAGAUUUGUCAACCUCGAGGCUGCGCAACGACAACAAGAGACCACUCCGAAGAAAAAGCCAUCCGGUACCCCGCGGCGCCAUUCCACGAGUUCGCGAAGCCGUCCCGCGCGCGACACUGAACACCCGAUUCACGCUCCUCCGCCACCACCCCCUGUGCCCACUACACCCCCCUCCGUGACGCGCCCGAGAAGAGAUAAGAGGGAGAACCGAGGUCGGUUCCCCUCGUCGACAGCCGCAGCCCUGGCUUUGCAACAAGGAGAUGGAUACAAACCGCGCGAGGAGCGGGGUUGGGAGGAGUUCCACCCGGAUCUAGACAUCGAUGGCAAGCUUGCUGUGUUCACCUCGGCCGAGGUAGAUGCAGCUGAUCCUGCUCUCAAUGCCCUGACACUAGAGUCCAUCGCAGGCGCCAGUGUCUUGGAUAACUCGGGCAGUCCUAUCAUUCAUUCCGCCGACUUCGCGUCUCCUAUUCCUUUUAAGCGUAGGCCUGGACGUCCGCCACGUCGCCCCGAAGCUAUCCUCAAUGCUUUGCUUGCACAACAACAAGGCCCGAAGGUGAUUCCGCCACCGGGUCCCAACCCUCGGGAGAAGUUGACUUUGCCCAAGCCGUCAUUCCGCCAAAAGGAUCCAUUUACCUUUUAUGAGAAGAAAGGUGUUGGACAACAGAACUAUGUCGAUCGAACGAUGGCCAGCGUUGGGUAUCAAGAGAGUGAUCUGUUCCUUCGCCAUGAUAGGCGCUUCAUUCGGAUGACCGAGGGAGCGCAAGAAGACGACAUGGAUAUCAUCCAGCCCGCCGUUGCCGAGGGCGACGUGAAUGCCAUCAUUGGACGGGUCGAGUACGACAUGGAUGAGCAGGAUGAGAAAUGGCUGGACGAGUUUAACUCCAAGCGUCGAGAGGACCAGCUGGAGCCCAUCAAGCCUGCUAUUUUCGAGAUCACCAUGACCAAGAUAGAGAAAGAGUGGCAUGCACUCGAGAAGCGAAUCCCGAAGCCGAAUCCCAAGCCCCCACAGACGCACCGGCCGCGCUCCAGCUCUGCCGCCGCGGUGAACGGUGAAACUGCCGGACCUGGUGAAGAACAAGACAGUAAAUGUGCUAUCUGUGAUGACGGCGACUGCGAGAACUCGAAUGCGAUUGUCUUCUGCGAUGGCUGUGACUUGGCUGUUCACCAAGAGUGCUAUGGCGUGCCUUUCAUUCCGGAGGGUCAAUGGCUCUGCCGCAAGUGUCAGCUUCUGGGCCGCGGGCACACCAACUGUAUCUUCUGCCCCAACACUGAGGGCGCGUUCAAACAGACCACUUCAUCAAAAUGGGCUCACCUGCUUUGUUCCAUCUGGAUCCCAGAGGUUUCAAUCGGGAACCCGUCUUUGAUGGAGCCAGUCACCGAUGUUGAGAAAGUUCCGCGCAGCCGCUGGAAGUUGCUUUGCUACAUCUGUAAGCAAAAGAUGGGAGCCUCCAUUCAGUGCAGCAACAAGAACUGCUUCGUUGCGUUCCAUGUUUCAUGUGCACGGCGGGCUCAGCUGUAUCUCAAGAUGAAAAUAGGGCAUGGACUUAUGGACUCACAUCUCCUCAAAGCGUUCUGUGACAAGCAUGUGCCUCCAGAAUGGCGGUUGGAACAUGGAACUGAUGCUGCGACUGCUGAUGCGAUUGAGUACUACCGCGACACAAUGCAGGGUCGUCGGUGGGGUGAUAGCCAGGCCGCUGCCUUGUCGUUGGGACCAGCUCAUGGGGAGGAUGAAGAAGAGCGGGUCCAUACCCCUCGCCUCACGUUGACAGUUGGCGGCAGCAACAAACGCAAACGUGUUCCAAAAACUAUUUGGAAGCUUCCUUCUGGUGCCCCCGUCAUCCCCCAGGUCGUUCUCGACUCUGUCGUCGCCGCCCUUGGAAGAUUCACCGUCCGUGGCCGCAAGCACUACGCCGAAGAGGCCUGCAAGUACUGGACCCUCAAGCGCGAGGCCAGAAGAGGCGCUGCACUUCUGAAGCGGCUGCAACUGCAGCUGGAAACCUUCUCAUCCAUGGAGAUGACACGCAGAGAUUAUGUCGCCAUGGGCGUCACUGGCCAUAAGCGCCUGCAACGCCGCAUCGAAUUCGGCGAGCUCCUUCACAAGGAUGUUGAGCAACUCCGCGAGAUGUGUCGCCUGGUAAAAGAGCGAGAGGAAGAGAAGCUCAAGGACGCGUACAUGCUUCGCACCCUCGUUGACACUGUCUAUUUCCCGAUCUUCCCACUUCUCUGGCCCAUCUUUGAGAAAGCACAAGCUCUUGAUAGCAAAGGCACCUUUGCCGCGGGCAUGUUGUCCAUCCGCAAACGGCUUCAAGAAAGAUUUUACCCCUCUGUUGCCUCUUUCUCUGCCGACCUAGCCAGCCUGUUCACCUCUGAAAUAGGCGUUGCACCUGCCGGUGAUACCGCGGCUCUGCAGGAGCAGAUCAGUGGACGUGCGCCAGAGCUGAGUCUGGAGCAACGCGAGAAGCGAAAGUUGGCCAAGCGAAUCAUCAAGUCUAUCCAGCCCGCCUUGGAGGAUGCGAUCCGAAAGGAGAGCGAGCUGAACCGCAAGCCUUUCGAGAAGGAAUUGAAGGAACUCGACGUCAUUCUCGACCGCAGCUUGAUGUCUCGCCGUGACUCGAUCGAAUUCGAAGGAGAAACUGGAAUUGAGGCUGGCGAGCCUGACACCAAGCCCGAAUCCAUGGAGGGCGUUGAACCUACCGAACCUACAGCAGAGACCGCAGCGGCUUCGACCGAGUCUCACUUGGCUGAGGAUGAGACUGAAAAUGCCCAAGAGACCGCUCCCGAGGACACUGCCGCCAACGAGGCUGUCCCUCCCAACGAAACCAAACCCAACAUCAACGCUACCUAUCGUCGCCACCCAACCCCAGUGCUGACUGAAGAGGACCAGCGACUGCCUCUUGCACAGGGCGGCAUCCCAUGGUACAUGCAGCCAUUUGAUCCCAUUGGCACGACCAUUCACGAGGAGCGCUGGACCGGACGGGAUGUUAUGCGCGGGAUGAGCGAGGAGCUUAGUGAACUGGACGAGGAUGAACUCAAGGAUCUGGUCGAUGAUGAACUCGAUCCUGGUUCAAACAAUGCGUCUGCCAACGCAGGCCAGUCGCAGAAGGAUGUCCGUCGGACUCGUCGCGGACGCUUCCGUUGAUUCAGUUCAAGUCAUGAGAAUACUUUAGUUUAUGAGCGACCAUGAGGCGCAGGCUGGAGUUUUCGGGGAUUCGAUCUUGUUUAGGUUUUUGCUGUGUAGAG